AUGCCGAGUCAAUCUCACAGCCGGGAUCGCCACGAGCCGCGCGACCGGACACGCGACCGGGACCGCGAUCACGAACGGGAACGGGAUCGCCGACGAGAGCGCGAGUACAUCCGUGGACGAUACGACGAGGAUGACCCGGGCGUCGCAUCAAGUCCCGGUCAAGCGCGGGGCAAGUAUCGCUUUCGCGGAGACGAUGGUUACGAAUCGUACGAUACAGGUGAAGCUGGGGGCAGCGACUACGACGAGCGACGUCGGCGGGAACGGAAAGAGAGACGGCAGCAGCGUGAGCGAGAGGAGGAGAGAGCGUAUAGUGAUGCGGUGGAGGAGCGGCGCAGGGAGAGGUCGAAAGCCAAAGAGUCACCCGCUGUGUCGCCGGUCAAGAAGCGAGAUCGCGAGCGAGACCGGGAAGGCCAUCGACGGCGACGAGAUAUAGAAGAGGGUGGGCGUCCAGGGAAGGAUGCCCGGGAGCGUCGACAACGGGAGAGGCCACGCGACAGCGAACAUGAAAGGGAAAGACCAAGAGACCCCGAAGAAGAGGCUCGACGGCAACGUCGAAAGGCCCGGCAGCGAGAGGAGAGGCGAGACCGUGAAUGGGAGCGAGAGGCUGCUGCGGCUGCUGCGAUUGCUGCAAAGCAUCAGAGUACAGAAUCGACGAGCAGCGCAUCACGUCUUCUGAGCAACGAUCCAACAGCUCGAUUGAUCUCGGACCACGAAGACGAAGAUCGACCUGGAUCAUCCCGAGAAGCUGCUGAGUUGCGGCGCGAGCGACGAAGGCAGAAGAAGAAGGCCGCAUUGCUCAGUGCUGAGGCUGCGGCUGGCGGGGAUCUGGAUGGACGUGUAAGGGAAGGGAGAUCAAGGCAUCGAUCUGGCGCUCGUGUUGUCUCUGGCGCGUACCUGGAAGAAGGCCGAGCAGAAGAUAUGAAAAUGCGCCAUCGAGGAGGAGGAGGCGGUCGUCCAUUCGAGAAGAAUUGGAAGCAUGAGCAAAGCUGGGACAGCAGUUAUGAGGAUGGUAGCCAGCCACCGAAAUGGAAGUUCUGGGCCUCAUGGUCGAAGAAAAAGAAACUGAUCGUUGGAUGCAGUCUUCUGGUGCUCCUGAUCCUAGCCAUUGUCAUACCCGUCGCGGUAAGCGUGUCGAAGAAGAGUGGCAACGCCGAUACAAAGGCUUCAGGGAGCUCCACUGGUUCUGGAUCAUCGCCCAACUCCAAUUUAAAUGGAAUCAGCCCCGACAGUAUUCCGUCGUAUGCCCAAGGAACAGUCCUGGAUCCUUUCACUUGGUACGACACCGUUGGCUUCAACGUCACAUUUACCAACGUGACAGUCGGCGGCCUGUCUAUAAUGGGCCUCAAUUCUACCUGGGAUGACUCUGCUCGACCUAAUAGCAAUGUCCCCCCACUCAAUGAAAAGUUCCCAUACGGUUCGCAACCUAUUCGGGGGGUCAACUUGGGUGGGUGGCUUUCUCUCGAGCCAUUUAUCUCACCGUCUUUGUUCCAAGGCUACUCAUCAGAUGUCAUCGACGAAUGGACCCUCACGACGCAACUGGGCUCGGCAGCCGCGUCAACUCUGGAGAAGCACUAUGCGACCUUCAUCACCGAGUCCGACAUUGCCGAGAUCAAGGAUGCCGGACUAGACCAUGUGCGAAUUCCGUACAGCUACUGGGCUGUCACAACCUACGAAGGCGAUCCAUAUGUCGCCCAAAUAAGCUGGCGCUAUCUUUUGCGUAUCAUUGAGUAUUGCCGCAAGUAUGGAAUCCGUGUCAAGCUGGACCUUCACGGCGUUCCAGGAAGCCAGAAUGGGUGGAAUCACAGUGGUCGCCAAGGUAAUAUUGGAUGGUUGAUGGGAAGUGACGGCGAUCUGAACCGAAAGCGCUCGUUGGAAGUUCACAACCAGCUGUCUCAAUUCUUUGCGCAAGAUCGGUACAAGAAUGUUGUGACUCUCUAUGGAUUGGCUAACGAGCCGCUCAUGCUCAAUAUUCCGGUAGAGAAGGUCCUGAAUUGGACGACGGAAGCCGCCGAACUCGUCCAGAAAAAUGGCGUCAAAGCGAAGAUUGUUUUUCACGAUGGCUUUCUCAACCUCGAUAAAUGGUCCAACAUGUUUAAGCAUGGGCCCGCCAACAUGGUCCUUGACACUCAUCAGUACACGAUCUUCAACACGGGAGAGAUCGCUCUCAAUCACACGGCCAAGAUCCAGAUCAUCUGCGAGAAUUGGUAUCCGAUGAUCGAGAAAGUCAACAGCACCAGCCAAGGAUGGGGCCCUACCAUCUGCGGCGAAUGGUCACAGGCCGAUACCGACUGCGCAGAGUAUCUCAACAACGUCGGCCGCGGCACCCGUUGGGAAGGAACCUAUGACACCAGCUCAAGCACUGUAUACUGUCCGACGGCAGAUCAAAACACCUGCAGUUGCACCAAAGCCAACGCAGAUCCCAGCACCUACUCAGACGCCUACAAGAAAUGGCUGAAGACGUACGCUGAGGCUCAAAUGUCCGCGUUCGAGACAGGCCAAGGCUGGAUGUACUGGACCUGGCGUACUGAGUCUGCGGCACAGUGGAGCUAUCGUACAGCUUGGAAGAAUGGAUACAUGCCGAGUAAGGCAUAUUCACCGUCUUUCAAGUGUGGGGAUACUGUGCCAGACUUUGAUGCGCUGGGACUUGCGGAAUACUAUUAA